AUGCCUAAUUUAUGUUUUGUUCCUGGGUGUAAUACUGGUUUGCCUAAUGACCGAAAGUGUUAUGAAGGUAAAAAGUAUCCAUCAAGAUUUCAACCACCUGAGGAUUUGUUAGCAGCAACUAAUCUCUUGCAGUUAAACGAUUUAAAAGAUACAUGCUGUGAUUUUAUUCAAAAACAACUGCAUCCUACAAAUUGUCUUGGUAUAAAAGCUUUUGCUGAUGUUCACAGCUGUACAAAAUUAUUAUCAAGUUCAGAAUUGUACAUUAAACAAUACUUUUUAGAAGUGGUUGAGACUGAAGAGUUCCUAUCCUUAUCAUCUGAAGAGUUAGUUAAGUUGAUCUCUUUUGAUGAGCUUAACGUGUCAUCUGAAGAAGAAGUAUUUGAAUGUGUUCUUCGUUGGGUUAAACAUGAAUUGGAUUCAAGAAAAUUUUUUUUACCUCAACUAAUAAAGCAUGUUCGUUUAGCAUUUACAUCGGAAAAUUAUAUAAUUCAAAAAGUACUGAAGGAACCAAUUCUUAAUAAUAACCCUAAAUGUAAAGAGUAUAUAAAUGAGGUUUUACAUUUUCAUUCUCCUAAAAGACAUCAGUCAGAUCAAGUUAUCCCUAUUCAAAAACGCAUCCGGUAUAAGCCUAGACUUGAAGAUAAAGUUAUUCUAGUAGUUAGUGGAAAUGUGGGGAAAUAUUUAGAUUCUACUAAAUGGUACGACCCAAAAGUCAACCGAUGGAAGUUAAAAGCAAAACUACUAAGAACACCAACUAAGCGUAUUCUAGCUAAUGUAGCUGUAUCAAAAAAUAAUGUUGUGUUUACUGUUGGCGGAUUUGAUGGAACUAAUUGUUUAAAUAGUGCCGAAGUUUUUGACGACAGUACUAAAAAAUGGCGUAUGAUAUCUAGUAUGUCUACUGGAAGAGAUGAAUUAGGAGUAGGAGGAGGUAGUGAUUUUACAUCAGGAGAGGUGUUCAACUCUGUUGAAUGUUAUCAUCCCAGUCUUGCAGAAAUGUGUAAACGUCGACGUGGUGUGGGUGUAGGAGUUUUAGAUGGCGUCCUGUAUGCUGUAGGUGGUCAUGAUGGAUCAGAAACUCUGAAAAGUGUAGAAGCAUUCAGACCAAGUACAGGAGUUUGGACUACAAUGGCAGACAUGAAUAUACCUCGGAAAUUAGUUGGUGUAGUUGCAUUAGAAGGAUUAUUGUAUGCAGUCGGUGGAUGUGACCAUAAUUAUUCUUCUAUUUUUAAUUCUGUAGAAGUUUAUAAUCCUAUCACCAAUACCUGGACCAUGCUAGGAGCGCCAAUGAAAGUAAAACGAUUUAAUAAAAGACUUCAACAAAUUAUGCCACUAGAAGGAUUUAUACCAACUAAUUUUGGAAACUAUGACGAUGCAUCUAUUUUAGCAGCUGCUUCUAUUUAUGAAAAUGAUUUUCCAGUUGGCAUGAUGUCAUGUUUAAAAGCAGAAAUAUUUAUUUGGAAGAAACAGUGGGAAUCAGAAACAAAUCUUCCAGAGUCUGCUGUUGAAGCACUUCAACAUUGUGCAGAGCUCUUGCCAAACGUAAAGAAACUUUUACAAUUAUUUGCUACAUUGCCUGUUACGUCAGCUACGCCUGAGCGUACAUUUUCAGUCUUAAAACGACUUAAGACUUAUUUAAGAGAAACUAUGACUGGAGAAAGAUUAAAUGGCUUAGCUCUUGCUAAUAUAAAUAAAGAUGAUUUAGACAUUGAAGAUAUCGAAAAAUAUAUUUUACCAGCUUUUAUAAAGAGAUCUCCAAGAAGGGUACAAACAUUGGACUGGACAAAAUAA